GCGGGGAGCUCGCGCCCUCAGGGCCCGCUGGUUGCCGAGGCGAGCGCGCUUUCCUCCAGUGCGCAGCUCCCCCAGCUCGCCUUCUUGCUUCGCUACUGUAACGGGAGGAGAAAGAGAACACAGAGCCGUGAUCUCCCUGCAGUUUGCCGAGUUUCUCUCCUGCCUGCUUUUGCCAUGAUCAAGCACUUGGCAGAGGACGUGCAAGCCAGGCUGCGCUCUGGAGUGGCGGUCACCUCGCUGGGGCAGUGUGUUGAGGAGCUUGUCUUCAACAGCAUCGAUGCCAAAGCAACGUGUGUAGCUGUUAGGGUGGAUUUGGAAGCUUUUAAGAUCCAGGUGGUGGAUAAUGGCUCCGGCAUGGGGAGAGAUGACUUAAGUAAAAUGGGAAAGCGGUACUUCACUAGUAAGUGCAGCUCAGUGGCAGACUUAGAGAAGCUGACGUUCUACGGCUUCAGAGGGGAGGCUCUGGCAAGCAUAGCAAACAUGGCCAGUGUUGUGGAAGUUUCAUCUAAGAGCAGCAAGACCGCAAAAACUUUUGUGAAACUGUUUCACAAUGGGCAUGCACUGGAAGUCUGUGAAGCUGAAUUGAGCAGACCAAGUGGCGGAACGACAGUGACCGUGUGUAAUCUGUUCCAUCAGUUACCAGUGAGGAGGAGGUGCAUGGAUCCUGUGCUGGAAUUUGAGAGGGUGAGGCAGAAAGUAGAGGCUAUAUCAUUGAUGCAUCCCUCUGUUUCACUUUCUUUAAGGAAUGAUAUUUCUUGUUCUAUGGUGCUUCAGCUCCCUAAGACAAGAGACAUUUACUCUCGUUUUUGUCAAAUAUAUGGGCUGGGCAAAUCUCAGAAGUUAAGAGAAAUAAAGCAUAAGUCUGGGGGAUUUGAGAUAAGUGGUUACAUCAGUACUGAAGGACAUUACAAUAAGAAUAUGCAAUUCUUGUAUGUCAAUAGAAGGCUUGUUUUAAAGACAAGACUGCAUAAACUGAUUGACUUUUUAUUAAGAAAAGAAAGUGUCAUUUGUAAGGCAAAAAGUGUCCCUGUGAGCAGACAGGGUUCCUCAAGUCCUGGUCGCCUUCGUUGUGGCCCAGAGUUGUACGGGAUCUUUGUUCUCAAUGUGACCUGUGCGUACAGUGACUACGAUGUGUCUCUGGAACCUGCAAAAACUCUGAUUGAGUUCCAGAACUGGGAUGUUCUUCUAGCUUGUGUAGAGGAAGGAGUGAAAAUGUUUUUGAAACGAGAACAUUUAUUUGUUGAACCUUGUUGUGAGGACAUCAAAGAGUUUAAUGAGGAUAAUAAUUUUUGUUUGUGUAAUGCUCCAGUUACGAAAUCCACACUCCCUGAGGAUAAGAGCAUCCAAGAAAACUUUCAGAAAGCAUGUGAUGAAAUUAUAGAUUCCUAUGAAGUGUGUAAAUUGCAAUCAAAAGAUGUCAAAAGAAAAUCCAUAGUGGGAAAAAAAUCUUCAAAUCCUACAGAGUCAAAUACACAGGAAACUGAAAUUUCCUCAAAUCAGAAGAUUGCUGAACUCUCUGGUCAAUGUAGAAACAAAAAAGCAGAGAUUCCACUGUCCAAGAAAGAUGACACCACUUCUAAUUUCAUUAUAUCUGAUAUGUUGGAACAGGAGCCAAAAGACACAAUGAGUUCCCAAAAACGGUGUGAUACUCAUCUGAAAUCUUCAGAAAAUCUCCAUUCCUCUCUGACUGAAGGAGCCAGAUCAGAAAUAAUGAAAAAAGGCAGUUGUGAUGACUUGCGGCGUUGUGCUGAGAAUUGUGCAAAAGGCGUAGGAAGCCAGCAAGACAAAGUUGUGCGGAAAAGCAAUACGGUUUGUAUCUCAAAUAAUACUUCUACUCGGUGGCCAUCUGAGAGAGAAGACCCUACUGAAACAGCAGGGGAAUCUGAAACUGUCUAUGGAAGUUCAUUGAUAAGACUACCUCAUGUAAGAGGAGAUAGGGAAGCAACUGAAGUAAUAGAUAAUGCUGGAAGAGGGACUGUUAGUUCAGUACCAGAAAAAGUGCGUUCUCACUUAGGCCUCAAAACGUGUAUCAUGCAAAAUGAGCCACCCCGUGAACGUAAACAAACAGAAACAAAUCUUGCAUUAAACAUGCACAGUAGGGCUUGUCCUGUGAGUGCCAAGCACACUUCCAUGCACAAAAUGAGUUUGCCGAUUCAGUCUUUAAAUGCUAAGUAUAUUUCCAGUAACGUGAAUAAAGAAUAUAUACCUCUCUGCAGCAGAGAAGUUGGCACGGCUGAUGGAAAUGAGAGGUCAGAGAAUAGGAGUUUGCCUAGUCAAGCACGUGAUGGGAGAGACGUGUCCAUUGCCACCAGUAAAAGACAUUAUGAAACAUCAAAUGUGUCAGACUUGCCGCUGGCAACAUCUUCAGGUAUUCCUCACAGUAAAGCUGUAAAAAGCCCUAGAAGGCAAAUAGCUGAGCCAAGAUCACAGCCUUGCAAGAAGCUGAGCCUGUCUACGCAGCUGGGUUCAUUAGAAAAGUUCAGGAGAUAUUAUGGGCGUGUUAAGUGUACGCUACCAACACCAUCACCAGAGCAGAGUGAAUUUUGUCUCCCAGUUUCCAAUGUACAAGCUAAUUGUGACUUUUCAAGGAGUCAGAAUAACAGUCACGGACGCUUGAGCAUCUGUGAGACUCCAACUUUGGAUUCUAAUAAAAACAGCCAUGUUUUGAGAUCUUUGGAUGAAGUUUUACUCUGCAGUGGAGAAACUUCACUGGACAGACGAGCCCUUUGUCGCAGCCCUUUGACGCUGUCCGAUUACUCAGAGGUUAGUAAAAAAACCAUGAGUAGUCAAAGAUCUCCAGGAUCCCUGUCAUCCAAACUGUGCCAAAUGAAAAGUGAUCACCGAGCAGUAAAACAGCUGGGUGAACAACUCCAAACAGAUUCAAGUAGAAAAGAUAACCACUCUUUUGAUCUUGAAUCUUCAAGUAAUGAUUUUUUGUAUAACCCUUGUCAAAGGUAUAAAUCUUCAGUGGAAGAAAUGAGGGAAGGUUGCAGCAUUUCUAAGAGGGAUGCUUGCCCACAAUCAGAUGAUUUGAGAGCAGAGUCCAGGAAAUGUACUGUUAGCCUGUCACCACUCAGCAGUACUGAAGGAGAGUACACAAUCUCUGCAAGCAGCGUUUUACCGUUUCCAGCAGAAAAAGAUGGCAUUGACAUCAUCUGUGAAGAUGAAAGGAUGUUAGAUGAAUCAUCAAAACAAAAUGUGAAAGAUCCUGAGGUUCAUUGCAUGACUUUCCCAAGUAACUUGGCAUUCUCUGGGGAUAAUGCAACAACAGGUAAUCCCAGAGAUGAUUUGCGUGAUUCAGACUGGCUGCAAGAUUUUGAUGCUUUAUUGGGUAAGACAAUCUACAUCAAUAAAGCAACAGGACUGAGCACCUACAACACUCCUCCUGAAGAGUUUCCAGCUGCCUGCAUUAAAGAUUUAACAACAAUGGCCGUGAAUGUUGUCGCAGAGAAUGGUGGUGAAGGCGAGUCUCUGCAGUCCAUGCUUUCAGAAUGGGAUAACCCUGUUUUUGUUCGCUGCCCAGAGAUAGCUGUUGAUGUGACCAGCGGUCAGGCUGAGAAUCUUGCUGUGAAAAUCCAUAAUAUUUUGUAUCCUUAUCGUUUUACCAAAGACAUGAUUCAUUCAAUGCAGGUUCUUCAGCAAGUGGACAAUAAAUUCAUUGCUUGUGUAAUCAACACCAGGAAUGAAAUGGAUAAAAAGGAAGGUGGAAACCUGUUGGUUUUGGUGGACCAACAUGCAGCUCAUGAACGGAUCCGCCUGGAGCAGCUUAUUGCAGAUUCCUAUGAGAAGGAAGCUACCGCAUGCGGCAAAAAGAAAUUUCUGUCUUCCUCUGUCUCUCCCCCUUUAGAGAUCGAAGUUACAGAAGAACAAAGAAGAAUUCUAUGGUGCUGCUACAAAAAUUUGAAGGAUCUGGGCCUUGAAUUAUCAUUUCCUGAGACCAACAACUCCUUGAUUCUAGUGAAGAAAGUGCCACUGUGUUUUACAGAAAGAGAGGCCAAUGAACUACGACGGAAAAGACAACCUGUCAAUAAAAGCAUUGUGGAGGAGUUUAUUAAGGAACAAGUUGAGCUAGUGCAGACCACGGGAGGAGCACGAGGGACAAUGCCUCUGACAUUUCUGAAGGUGUUAGCUUCCCAAGCCUGUCACGGAGCUAUUAAGUUUAAUGACAGUUUGACUUCAGAAGAGAGCUGUCGGCUCAUGGAAGCUUUGUCAUCUUGCCAGCUGCCCUUCCAGUGUGCUCAUGGAAGACCUUCCAUGAUGCCCCUUGCAGACAUUGACCAUCUACAGCAGGAAACGCAGGCUAAACCUAACUUGGCGAGACUGCGGAAGAUGGUGCGAGCAUGGCAACUGUUUGGAAACAAAGACCCUAACCUAAAAAGGUAAGGCUGCAAACUGCAGAUUCCAUAAGUGUUGGCACGAUCCAGGUUCUCUUGUUGUUAAAUAACAUCUUGUGUGGAGCAAUGUUCUCAAGCCAGCGCAGUAACCAAAGUUUUGCCCUGAGCACUGACCUAAGAAGAGACCAGCCAGAAGAAUGUGGCAGAAGCCCACUGUUGGAGCUUGGAGAAGCAUCUUCAGCACUAAGGAACUGUGUUGUAAACCUGAGUCACAUGUCAGUGCUUGACUAUUGAUGUCAAGAAGUUGCAUCCAGUCACAGUUGCUGCAAGCAUGGCCAGAGACUUUUAAUUAAUGUAUUUUAGAGUGUUUGAAAUGGAAGAGGUAUUUAUUAAUAAAAUUAAUUAAACUUUC